AUGGACAUGAAAGCUUCUUGGAAUCCUGCCCUGCGACCCGAUUCUGAGCAUAUAGUCCAGGAUCUCGCUCCAAACAACACAUCUAGGAUUGAACAGGAGAGGAACGCCACCUUGUCAGGGUUCAGUGAACCCUCUCGAAAUCCCCCACAGGAUCUAUGCGGGGAAAAGGUAUCAAAGCUCGGCGUCGAAGAAAGAGAUCUGCCCAAGGCAGAGGCCUUGAGCUUGGAAAACUUGGCAGGGACUGUAGUGCAAAAUGGGAACCGUUUUGGCGAAGUUUUCGAGGCCUCGGUAGGAAGCAGAAGGGCUUCCAAAACCAGUCGUGAAAUGGAUCGAGCCUUUGGGUCAGAAUCGCGGGAGGCGAAAGUGCCGCUCACAAAUGGAUCUACUCGAACAGACUACUUUCCUGAUAUACCCCAAAGCUCACAGCUAGCAACUGUAAUUCCAGAUUCAUUGCCGAGGUCUCAGGCUGAAAAGAUUCUAGAGGAAGAAGAGCUUGUGAGCGCACUGCAGGAGCCUGCACCAGUCAUGGCCACGACCAAAGAAAGCCUAGACGACCGGGAGCCUUCUUUCGGCGAUGAUGGUCGGACAAUGGCGGGUGUUUCCUCCGUAGGGCUCGAGGACAAGCUAUCCCCAGCCCACGUCUUGAGCCUAAAGAGCGAACAGAUUCGGUUUGAGGAAGGGCUACCACUAGUCGCCCAAACGUAUCAAUACCAUACGCCGUCAGUGAGUCAGUCGGAUGAUGUCGCCGGGGAACGUGACCCCGUGGAAGAGGAUGAUUCCUUCUUCGACAGAUCAGACAAUUCCCUUAUUCCAAAAUUGUCCACUCAAGUACCAUCGCUCAACCGCAAGUCCACGGACCAAGUUUUGAGCUCAAUGAAUCUUGCAUCCCAUGACGCGGAUCACGCUGCUGCUGAGCCCGAAGUCAGACUGAUGCUCUCAACAUCAUCCAUUGGCGAAGCCAAUCCAGCCAUGUUCGAUGUUGUAGAGUCUCAGAUACAAUCCGAGCAACAGCGCGAGGAUACAGAGUUAAAGCUCCAAGACGAGGAUCUCUCGGAAUUAUGGAAAGCUGCGUUAGCUGAUGAAGGUCUUCUCGAUGAGAGCGAUCAGACUGUUGAUCCUUCAUCGUUUUUCGUGGACGACGGGGAAGAUUUCCUUGAAGAUGACGUUAUUGUGAAUGACUACGCGAAACAGUCUCUACCAUCCACGUCGUCCAGCUAUCCACAGCUAAUCCAUCAUCCUGCCAAAUCGAUACAAAAGCAUACUAACCCGUAUGCGCCUGCUGCUAGCUCUUCACAACACCGCCCGGCACUUUCAUCUUAUUACACCAAUCAACCUGACGAUUCAUCUAGCUCUACGCAUCCAAGCCGCCUUUUGAGCACCUUCCAGCAAGAAAGACAAAUCUUGGCUACAAAUCCUUCACCCGCUCGGCCCCAACUACCAGAACCUGCUCAAAGCUUUGUUGACAAGUCAAAGGGUGGCUACAAAUCUCCUUACGACCUUCCAAUGGAUGUGACUCGAUCGAGGAGGCGCGCACCUCUUCCAACAGUGCCUCAAAGUCCUGGCUUUCCGCCUCCGGACCGCCAGCCGCCACCACCAAGAAGCAGCAGUAUGACAUCUGGCACGAUGCCGCUUCAUAGUACAUAUCAUCAUGAUCUCAAUCCCUCCAGUGGACGGUCUCCGCCCGCAAUAGAACAGUCAGCUGCUUCAGUCUUGGCUGCCAAACCAAGCUUGGGUAGUUUCUUCGAAGAUCUGCCCGAUACUAAAGCGCGACCUCCGAAUACCAUGGGGAGAGCUUCUAUACCUACAGCUGUGUCGAUGCCUACGUCUCAAACACAGGAAAUCCGUCUAGCCCCAUUUGCUGGUCAACAACAGCGAAGCAGCUACAAUGCCUCUUCGCAUGCGGCCAGCUAUGAGCUUUUGCCACCAGAGAAGCUCAAUCUUUUUAGUGACACAUCUCCCCCGCAUCAGCCAAAGCCUGCAAUCCCUAUUAUGAAUUCCAAGUAUUCCCCAAUCCCUAGCCAUACUUCCAGUGUCCCUCCGCCCGCAACUCGCUACGCUUCUUCGCCUGCACCGGCCCCUCGUCCACCAUCCACUCAAGCGUUACCCCAUCAGCCGCGAAUGUCAAGUCCUCUGACGCAAAGCGAUCUGCUCGGGCUCGAAGGCGGACAUCAACAGCGUCUUGCAUCUGAUUCAGCACCUUAUCCCGCCUUACGCAGUCACACAAACCCAAAGCCUGCGGAUCUAGCCCAAUACCGUUCUCCCACCAGGCCAGAGCAGUCUCAAAAUGAAGGUGGCAACGCUCAAAGCCAGGCGGGCACAGUCUCGCAGAGCCAGGUCCAGGCACGGGUGAAUGAUUCUUCUCCGUUUCCUUUACAGCCAGUUCCACCCAGUAGCUCUACUUCAGCAUCGUCACAUCCUAUAUAUACUCCAGGGGCAGAUCAGCCGUCUCCGAAUUCUCCCCAAGAGGAUCCUCAUGAUCAAGGCGACAUAAGCAGAGGUCCGCCCAAGAGAUCCCAAACACAGUCACCCGGGGCUCGUCGGCCAGUCGUGGCUUCUGCAGGAUCAAGAGCUCCUUAUCACAGGCCUGCGUCUGUAAGCAACUAUGGCCUUCAAUCGUCGUUUCAAGACAUAAGCCGUAAGGUAUUUUCACAUGACCGCCCUGCCCAGGUUUCAUCUUCGGCUAUCAACUAUAUCAUACCAACGGAUGGCCGCGAACUAGACCAACUUGAAAGGUGGAAGGGCUGCCCAAUCUUUUCUUUUGGAUUCGGAGGGCGAAUGGUAAAGAUGUUUCCCCGGCAGAUUCCUCGCUACGCAACGGGACAAAAACUUCCAUUGAUCAAAUGUAGUCCUGGCGAGGUCAUGAUCGAUCAAGGCACCACUUUUUCGCUUCCUGAAUCCGUGAAAGCAUUCCCAGGGCCCCUCAAGGCUAAAGCCAAGAAGAAAGAAGUUAUCGACUGGUUGCAUCGAAAGCUCCGUGACAUGGAGACUAAUGCUUUUCCCCCUAGGAUCGGUGAAAUGACCCUCCUAGAUCCAACGAACAAUCGUGAAGAGAGAAUUCUACUAUGGAAGAUCAUGGAAAUUUUCGUGGAAUACGAUGGGUUGAUCGAAGGUAACGCACUUGCUGAGAAGGCUGUGAGAACCCUUCUUUCGCCUGAGCUGAAUGAUGGCGACGCAACUUCUCUUCCUCAAAAUAACUUUACUGCGCCGCCAACCGGGAUCACAAGACAGAGCAACAUCACUAAUGUGCAUAAUUCUCCAGAGCCCGAUGCAUUAGAAGGGAUACGGAAGCAACUACUUCGUGGCGAGCGAGAGCAGGCCGCGUGGCAUGCGGUGGACCAUAGAAUGUGGGCUCAUGCAAUGUUGAUUGCUUCCACUCUAGACAAGACCAUCACUAAACAGAUCACUCAAGAAUUCGUUCGUCAGGAAGUAAAAACUUUUGGCGAGAAUACAGAGUCGUUGUCUGUUUUAUAUCAAGUCUUCGCCGGUAAUUGGGAGGAAAGUGUUGACGAGCUUGUCCCACCAUCGGCUCGGGCAGGUUUGCAACUGGUCAGUAAAAAGGACAAUGCAGGACCAACCAGAAACGCGUUGGAUGGCCUAGACAGGUGGCGAGAAACCUUGACUUUGAUCCUAGGCAAUCGAACUGCUGAUGACGGAAAGGCUCUCCUUUCGCUCGGGCAAUUACUGGCAGGUUAUGGUAGGACCGAAGCAGCUCAUAUUUGUUAUAUCUUUGCAUCAACACCAGGAUUAUUUGGCGGUCCGGAUGAUCCCCAAGUAAAUGUUCACCUCCUAGGGGUAGAUCAUCUACGCCGACCAUUCGAUUAUGGUCGCGACUUUGAUAGCAUCUUGCUUACUGAAGUAUAUGACUUUGCUCGCACGGUAUUGUCAGGGACAUCUGUUUCUACCCUCUCCCCGCAUUUGCAACCAUACAAACUUUACCACGCAAUGGUUUUAGCAGAGUAUGGUUUGAAGCCGGAGGCUCAGCAAUACUGCGAAGCUAUAUUCAAUACUCUGAAGUCAACAACAAGGCCGUCGCCAUACUAUCAUGCCCUGCUGGCUGGGUCCCUAGAAACCCUUCAAGAUCGGCUACGACAAGCACCUCGAGAUGCCUCUGGGUCUUGGAUUUCUAAACCAAGCAUGGACAAAGUUUCGGGCUCCAUAUGGGCGAAAUUCAAUUCAUAUGUAGCUGGAGACGAAGAUGACGCCGCAUCUUCGAAGUCCGGAAAAACUCACGAUCCAGCGUCAGGCCCAUUCGCGGGUGUCUCGGGUGAAUCGCCAUCUCCCAGUCGAGCAACGUCCUCAUCUGAUCUGUACAAUUCAUACCAGGCCGGCGUUGUAUCUGCCCCAACUGCCCCAGCCGCUAACGCUCGCUACACACCCGGAAGUGUAUAUACGCCUAGAUCCUCGCUUGAGCAAUCGAGACUGCCCUUCCCUGACCCUCCGAAGCACCCGAAUAAUGAGACCUUUCACGCCACUCUUGCACCUCCACAAUACUCCUCACGACCCACCUCUUCAUCUAAUUUGAGCCAGGAUCCCUAUACUUACUCUGCACAGCCGUCACCACUCACAGUUCAAUCCCAGAGCUAUCUCCCAACACCGCCACUUCCUUCUGACCACAAUGUCUCUGAAUCUCUUUCUCCAGCACCACAGUAUCAGUACCAAAGCUAUACCCCAUCUCCUCCAAACCCAGACUCUCCACAAGAGCAUGCCCAGACUCUCCCACAAGCGGCGGUAUCUAAAAUUGCUGAUCCAUAUUCUGCACAUCAACACUCCACGAACUCAUCGUAUGGGCGUUCGCAAUUAUCCCGGGAAGCGCCAUCGCCUACUCGAGUGUCAAAUCUUCCCCAGCAAGCACCUUCAACUUACCAGCCUACCAUGGCAUCCUACGAAGCCAAUUCUUCUGCUUAUCAACCGCAGAGUUCUUACGAGCCUCCAUCCUAUUUUCCUGAUGUCCCUCCUACAGAAGUAUCGCCCAGGAGAGAAAUUUCAAGCGAAAUAGGCGCGGAUCUUGAUGAGGACGACGAUUUCGAAGCCCGAGCGAAGGUUUCACGCCAAAAAGAAAGGGACCGUAAAGAUCGUGAGGCAGACGAAGCUUUCAGGAAAGCUGCUGAGGCCGAUGCACAACGAAACAACGCUCCAAGGCUUAAUAGUAAGAAGUCUGGCUGGUUCGGCGGCAGCUGGUUUGGCGGCAGCAAGGAGGAGUCUAAUGACAGCGGCAAUCUGAAUGCGCCAAUCAAAGUCAAGCUUGGAGAGGAAAGCUCUUUCUACUUUGACAAGGAACUCGGGAAGUGGGUAAACAAGAAGGGUGGAAACACCGAAACGAUAUCAGCAGCGACACCACCGCCGCCCAAAGGACCCCCUUCCAGAUCUGUCAGUGCGGCAGGUGUACCACCUUUAAGAUCUACGCCCAUUCCACCUGUCCCACCUAUUCCAAAGAAUCUAGGCUCUGAUAUGUACUCCCCGAGGGCUGUAAGUGGGCCAGCUCCAUCUUUGGCACCGGGCCCUAGCCCAUUAGCACGGACAGUUUCGCCAGCGACACAAACAGACGAUGAGACUGCUUCAGGGCCACCUUCAGCUCCUCCGUCAAGGCCUGCUACCAGUCAGGGAGGCGCAAAUAAUAUUGACGAUUUGCUUGGGCUGCCACAAGCGAGAAAAGGCGGAACUAUGAAAAAAGGGAGGAAAGGUAGAGGUUAUGUUGAUGUCAUGGCCAAGUGA